GACAUAAAACGCACCAGUCUCGCUCCCAAAGCGACAGCGCAGGUAACCAAUCAUCUGGCGAGUCCCGCCCACGCGUGUCAAUGACACGGAGGCGGAGGCGGGAGCGGCUGGCGCUGCCUGGUGGGGUCCCAUUGGCGCAGGUGAUCCGUGUCAGGAUGCGAGCGGAGCGCGGAGGAGGAGAGGGGCAGAGCGAGGGGCAUCCGCCGACGGAAGAGAGUCCGGGGCUCGGCUGGGAGUAGAAGCAGGAUCCGGGCCCGCGUGCGUCCGCCCGUCCGUCACCACAGGGGCUUUGAGAAAUGAGCAGGCUUUUUUCCGGCCGGUAAUAAUACUAUGAUUUGGUAUGUGGCCACUCUGAUAGCAAGUGUAUUCAGCACCCGCGGAACGGCCGCUCAAGGUGCCCACGGAGUGCGAGAGGAGCCCCAGUUUGUGACAGCACGUGCAGGAGAGAGUGUCAUCCUGGGAUGCAAUGUGCCCCACCCCCUGAACGGACAGCCUUAUGUGGUGGAGUGGUUUAAGUAUGGAAUGCCAAUUCCUUUCUUCAUCAACUUUCGCUUCUACCCCCCUCAUGUGGACCCAGAGUAUGCUGGCCGGGCCAGUCUGCACGGCAAGUCCUCCCUGCGGAUAGACAAUGUGCGUUCAGAUGACCAUGGCUGGUACGAGUGUAAAGUGCUGAUGCUCCAACAGCAGUAUGACACCUUCCACAACGGCAGCUGGGUUCACCUGACUGUCAACGCCCCCCCCACAUUCACAGACACACCACCUCAGUAUGUCGAGGCCAAGGAGGGGGGAAGCAUCACUUUGACCUGCAUGGCGUUCGGAAACCCCAAACCCUCUGUCAGCUGGCUGCGAGAAGGCAGUCUGAUGGUCAGCAGUGCCAAGUAUAAGCUGUCUGAUGGGAGUUUGACGGUGCUAUCCAUCACCCGGCAAGACCGUGGAGCCUACAUGUGUCGAGCCUUUAGCCUCCAGGGUGAGGCCAUCCACACAACACGACUGCUAGUACAAGGCCCACCGUUUAUCAUAUCGCCACCAGAGAACAUAACCGUGAACAUCUCACAGGACGCCUUCUUCACUUGCCAGGCGGAGGCCUAUCCUCGCAACCUGACCUACACCUGGUUCUGGGAGCAGGACAACGUCUUCUUCAAGAAUGACCUGAAACGAAGAGUCAGUAUUCUCAUCGACGGUUCCCUCAUCAUUGCUCAAGUAAAGCCGGAGGAUGCUGGGAAAUACACCUGUGUGCCCAGCAACAGCCUUGGCCAGCCACCAUCUGCCUCUGCCUACCUGACAGUGCAAUAUCCUGCCCGGGUGGUAAACAUGCCGUCUGUCAUUUACGUGGCAAUUGGUCUGCCUGGAUUCAUUCGCUGUCCAGUGGAUGCCAACCCUCCUGUAACUCUUGUUAAGUGGAAGAAAGAUGGCCUCUUCCUGCGCAUAGAUAAGUUUCCUGGGUGGAGCCAGAUGGACGAUGGGAGCAUCCGUGUGGCUGAAGUGACAGAGGACUCUCUGGGCACCUAUUCUUGCAUGCCUUACAAUGCCCUGGGUUCCAUGGGGUGGUCCCCUCCUGCUCCCCUGGUGCUAAAGGACCCUCCAAAAUUCUCUGUUGUUCCUGGAGGGGAGUACAGGCAGGAGGUGGGGAGAGAGCUGGUCAUCCCAUGUGAGGCAGAGGGAGACCCCUUCCCCAACAUCACAUGGAGGAAGGUUGGGAAGCCCAGCCGAAGCAAGCACAAUGUUCUGCCCCGAGGCAGCUUACAGCUGAAGUCACUCACAAAGGAAGAUCACGGGGAGUGGGAAUGUGUUGCGACUAAUGUUGCCACUAGCAUCACUGCCAGCACGCAUGUCCAAGUCAUAGGCACAAGCCCCCACGCUCCCACCAAUGUCCAUGCAGUGGCCUCCUCUACAUGGGCCAACGUGUCCUGGGAGGCCGGCUACAGUGGAGGCUUCCAGCAGACAUUUUCAGUCUGGUACGGCCAUGUGAUAAAGAGGGAGCGUUUAGGCCCGCAUGACUGGCUUUCCACAGCCGUGCCAGGAGGCCAAAACUGGAAGUUGGUGUCCGGCUUGGAGCCAGAGACAACGUACCAGUUUAGUGUUCUGGCUCAGAACAAGCUUGGCACUAGCCCCUUCAGCGAGGUUGUCACUGUGAACACACUAGUAUUUCCUACAAGUUCCCCUGAGCCAUUGGUGCUGCUUACCCCACCACGGUGCCUCACAGCCAAUCGCACGCAGCAGGGAGUCCUGCUCACCUGGAUCCCACCUGCCAAUCACUCAGCACCUAUCCAGCAUUAUGUGAUGGAGUUUCGCCUGGGGGAGCGUUGGGAGAUCUUGGAUGACAGCAUUCCCCCUGUGGAGUUGGAGUUGCUCGCCCGCGACCUCAUCCAGGAGGCCUGGUAUGAGUUUCGUAUCAUGGCUGUAAUGGAUGAUACAAUCAGCGAGCCCAGUAAUGUUGUUGGAGUUUCGAGCACAGAUUUCUUCCCCCCUCCAGAAAUGGUGGAUGAGCGUGGACUGACUCGGCCUGUCGUGGCUGGCAUUGUGGCCACCAUCUGCUUCCUCGCAGCAGCCAUCCUGUUCAGCACAAUGGCUGCCUUCUUUGUCAACAAGCAACGCCGGAAGAAACUCAAGAAGAAAAGAGAUCCUCCUCUUUCUUUAACCCACUGCAGAAAAAGCAUGGAAACUCCGUCAUCUUCAGGAAUCAUGAGCCCUGUGAGCGUUCGCUCAAAGGCAUCCCUAUCAGAGUCAUCUGACGGCAGUCAUGACCAGCAAGGAAGGAAAUCCUCUCCAAGUCCAGAGAAAAAGGAGGAACUGUCUCUCUACAAGAGGACCAAAAGAGCAAUAACAAGCAAGAAGUACACCUCAAAACAUGAAGCUGAACCAAUAACACCCAUAGAACUUAUCAGACGUGGUCCAGAUGGGAGAUUUGUCAUAGAUUCCACUGAUGCAGAAAUGUCUGUCAAGCCCAGGCGAAUCCAGGGCUUCCCUUUUGUCGAAGAAUCAGACCUCUAUCCAGAAUUUCGGCAGUCAGAUGAGGAGAAUGAUGAUCCCAGGUCUCUUCCGCCAGUAAUGGCUCCUCUUCGGCCGCAUCAGAUUUCUCCCAUCUCCAGUCAGGAAUCCUAUCUUCAUCCUCCAGCCUACAGCCCUCGCUUCCACAGGCCUUUUGAAGGUAUGACCAUCAUGGAGAGCAGCCGGCUGCAGGCCACAGGGCAGAUCCGAGGUUCUCUACAUCAUAGGGCUUUCUAUGGCUAUUUGGGCCCCCACGGAGAUCAUGAUCCUCCACCACCUUUUUACAUGCCUGAAACCAGCCCACUCAGCUCUGUCAUGUCCUCCCCUCCAUACCUUGCUGAGGGUCCUUUUGUGCACCCUGUGAUUCCUGAGGAAAUGGAAGAGGGGGAUUUUCCACACUAUGCUGUUUCCAGUUUCCCUCUUCCGUUGGCACUAACUCCUUCCUCCCGUUCACCAGAGAUUUGGCAAGGACUGGAUUUUACCUUUUCCAGCCUGGAGGGGCCUCGGUUUAUUUUUCCUCCACAUUACCCCCUGCAUCUUCGCCAAGACCACACUUAUCCCCCUCCACCCCAUACUUUUCCUUACAGCUCUUUCAAAGCCUCCUCUUCUUUACCGAUGCCCACUUAUCCAACUGUCCUGCCACUGGAAGCCCCAAAGAACUUCCCAAGAAAGUCUCCAAGUAAGACCAAGCCUCGUGGCUCCCCAGCCAGGCAUCUAGCUAUGCAAGAUGCACAUUUAGGGCAGCUAAGACACACGGGUCAAGGUAUAGGCGUGCCGGUUUUGCCUUACACUGAUCCAAUGGCCCAUAUUGUCCCUAGCACAUUCAGUAGUCUAGAUACACGGUGGUUUGACACCACCCCUCAUUUUAGUCCAAGGCAGACGCGUAGGAUGGAUUCUGGCAUGCAUCAGGUGGUUCUACAGCCUUCUCGACUCUCACCCCUUACCCAAAGCCCUUUUAGCUCUCAUGAAAGCUCCCCAGAGAUGGUUGUGCGUCCUAGACCACGUCCUAGUAUAGUUCAACCUCCUAUGCCCACAGAGAUGUCUGAGAUUACGCUCCUCCCUCCUUCUGCAGCCAGCUUCUCAAGGAGAUCAUCCCCCUCAUCCUCACCUGCCCAAGGCCAGGGUACCCCCAGCUAUCGAUCUCAUAUGGCUUUUUCAGCCUCUGCAACAAGCUACCCAGCUUCCCUGUCCCCCUCACCUUCCUUGGAAACCAUCAAUUUAUUUGGACAGAUGCCGUCUCAGAGGAGGACAGAGGAGGAGAUCCUUCCAUCAGAGCCCUCUCCACCCCAGUUGUCAGCUUCAGGAAAACGUCGAGGUGCGCAGAGUGUCCUUUUUGGGUCUGAGAGGAUUGAUGCACUUAGAUACCAACGGAUUAAAAAGGCCAAGAAGAUGAUGAUCAACCACAAUAACUCCAAAACUAGAAAGAAAGCAGGUGUCUCCACCUCUCAGACCCAGCAGUCCUACACCUCUCAGGUACUCCAGCCCGAAGGAGAUCUCUACCUCCGCAAGAAGAAGAAGCGGCCAAUUCUUCAAGAUCCAUACACUCGUUUUUCUGCUCUUCUGUACCGCCGGCCCACUCGAGAAGACCAGAAGGCUAUUUUAGCUAGCAUGGAUAACAUAGACUUGGACCACGCCACACUCCUCUGAAAGCACCUGUAAGAUGAAGCCGUGUUUGUGACACUCACCCCCACCACCACAUCUCCAUCCUUGUGUCACAUAAGUACUGCUGUGGCCACAUCCCAGCUGGAGGAAAAUACAUCUACAAACAUUAGGACAUUUAGAGUUCAGACUUCACUUGCAAUCACCUGAACUUCCAUGAAUUAGCAGUGGGCUGUAGCCACAGGAUCCCCACAAACAGACUCUGCUUGGAACAGCUAAUGGCUGGAUUAGUACAUUGGCAUGAUGUCCCAGAUUGGACAGCUGUUUGAAGUGUCUCUAAAAUAGUUCAUACGACCAAACAAUGUCAGUAUCUACAAACGCGGACACUAAAAGAAACAAUCAUUGUGGAAAUUCAAAAGUGAGUGGUUUACACUUAAUUUAGCCUUUCAACAAGUCAAAGUCAUAACUUUCUUAAUUUAAAGGUUCUUACUCCAGUGCAAAAACAGUAGGCCUCAUUUUCAGGUAGAAUUUGUUCACACGUUUUGCUUGUUGCCUUCAACCAGUCUCUAAAUCCCCCCAACUCCUGUCUUACAAGCCCCUCUCCAAAAGAACCUACCACUGGAUGCUUUGAGCCACUUAGCUUCUCCUUUGCUGGAAAAUGUUGCCCUCAAAUGUGUGUGUUUCCACAGCCAGGAUCCCACAAGCAGCGACCUUUUCUGCUGCUGUCAUCAUCACAUUCUUCUUUUUUGACACAUGAAGAUUUCUGGUGCAAACUAAAGUGAUCCUUAACUCAAAUGCUCAUUUUAAAAGUCUUUGUUGAUAAAUGGCAUGCUCUCAAACAUCAGUUUGUGGUUUCUAAGGUUUUAGCUUUACCUGCUCAUCCUGUGGAAGAGUGGCAGUUUGUACUUUGUUUUUUGUUUUUUAACCCCUUUAUGGAAAACGUUUUUUUUAGUGGAAACAAAGGACAAGGGAGGAAAUAGAUGCUUCAAGUGGAAAAAAGAAAGCUCUAGAUUUUUUGUUGUGCAGGAGGUUGUAUUUGGUGCCAUUGUUUGUUUACAUUCUGGACAUAAAUCCCACAAGUUUUCUGAAAUUUUCCUCAUUGAUAUUUGAAGGAAUGACAUUUUUUUUCUUCUUCUUCUUUUUUUUUUUUUGCGUGCGGGUUCCUGUGUUGUUUUAUAGCUCCAACCUGUUUUUGUCAUUAAAAUGAGAGGACAGGACACAGCAACUGAGCCGCUAAACGUUACCACAGGUGAUGGGUAUCCACGUGAAAAAUCAGCUGUUUGGUUUAGACGUUCAGUUUAGGAAGAAAAGGGUUCUGUUUUCCUGAAAAACCAGAAUGUAAAGCUGAUUUCUAUAUUUUAUUUUGAAACGUGGGAAGUUGUGUAAGGCAAAGGAGCACAUUGGUUUUAUUUUAAAGCUUUUUGCUUUACCUUUGAAGGCUUUUCAUGCUUGUGUUAUUUUUUUUAAUCAAUUAAAUUUAGCAAAUACGAUUGUAAUAUCAAUUACUUUUUAAACUGCUGCCUCAGAUCAGCUUUCUAAAAGUGUCAGCUCUCUAAGUGAAAGAUUCAUUUAAAUAUUUGUGCAAUACAUUCAAAGAAAAGGAGCACUUUUAAGGGUCAGUCUGCAGUAUAAUACUUUAAACUGGAAACUGAUCAUAUAGAUUUUAUCUCAUUUGUAUCUAAAAUGUUGAAAACAUGUUAGAAGGUGAGUUAUUGUUUAGUUAAUAGGAAAAAUUGGGUUGAUGAAACAAGUCUCUUUGUAAUGAUAGCAACAGGUCUGGAGUUCCACCAAAGCGUGGGUAUACGAGAACAAGACUGACUGGAUAAAGCAGAAAAUGAUGGGAACCUGUCAGUGCUUUUGUCUCAUCACAUGGCUGGAUGUCACUUUCAUUUUCAAAACCUGCUUUCUUUGCUUCACAUUUAAUGACAUUGAGGGAGAAAUAAAAGCAUGUUUCUGG